UUUUUGAUAACCUUUUUUUAUAUUAGGGGAACAGAGAAGAUAAUGGAUUUUAGUAUAAGAGAGAGUGCGGGUCACGGGAGAUAAUAUAGUCUGCUAAUCACAUCACAAUCACAUGACAUAUUCACAGCGUCCUUUCUUCCUCGCUCUCCCCCCACUUCUCUUCUCUCCCACUCGCAGUGUUCUCUCUUUCUGCGAAACCAAAACGUGAACUGAAUUCCAGGUAAAGACAGUCAGCCGGCCGGAGACCGCUCGAUUUCCGGCUACAGAGCUCACUGACAGUUGGGACAACGGUACGUAAAUGACAGGCAGCAGCAGUAUCAGUAUCCUGGACCUCGACCAAGGCUACCCUGUUAUGGCAGUGGCUGCGGCUGAGGCCGAGACCUCCUCUCCACUUGCUUCCAACCCCACGGAUGCCGUCAUCUUCUUCGGCUUGUCUUUGGUGCUAGGGAUUGCCUCCAGGCAUGUGUUGCGGGGUACUAGAGUUCCGUACACGGUCGCACUCCUCAUCAUUGGGAUUGCCCUUGGAUCCCUAGAAUAUGGGACCAGUCAUAAAUUGGGAAAGAUCGGCGAUGGAAUUCGGAUUUGGGCAAGUAUUGAUCCCGACCUUCUGUUGGCCGUUUUUCUUCCUGCUCUGCUGUUCGAGAGUUCCUUCUCAAUGGAACUCCAUCAAAUUAAGAGAUGCAUGGCACAGAUGCUCAUACUUGCUGGUCCAGGAGUUCUGAUAUCGACAUUUUGCCUUGGAUCAGCUUUGAAGCUAACUUUUCCGUAUCACUGGAGCUGGAAAACAUCAUUGUUGCUUGGGGGACUUUUGAGUGCCACAGACCCUGUUGCUGUUGUUGCUCUUUUGAAAGAGCUUGGUGCUAGCAAAAAACUUAGUACAAUUAUUGAGGGAGAAUCCUUGAUGAAUGAUGGUACGGCUAUUGUGGUCUAUCAGCUUUUUUUCCGGAUGGUCCUUGGGAACACCUAUGAUGGGGGUGCCAUCAUCAAAUUCUUAACACAAGUCUCACUUGGAGCUGUAGGUAUUGGUCUGGCUUUCGGAAUCGCCUCUGUUUUAUGGCUUGGGUUUAUUUUUAAUGACACAGUGAUAGAGAUUGCACUUACACUUGCUGUGAGCUAUGUUGCUUAUUUCACCGGGCAAGAGGGUGCUGAUGUCUCAGGGGUUCUGACUGUGAUGACACUAGGAAUGUUUUAUGCUGCAGUUGCUAAGACGGCUUUCAAGGGUGAUGGGCAAGAGAGCUUGCAUAAUUUUUGGGAAAUGAUUGCUUAUAUUGCAAAUACUUUAAUCUUCAUCUUGAGUGGUGUUGUUAUAGCUGAAGGUGUUCUGGGCAGUGACAGCAUUUUUCACAACCAUGGAAAUUCUUGGGGCUACCUUAUUCUUCUGUACAUUUUUGUCCAACUAUCACGUUUCGUUGUUGUUGUGGUUUUGUUUCCCUUUCUACGGUGUUUUGGUUAUGGGUUGGAAUGGAAAGAGGCCACUAUUCUCAUAUGGUCAGGUUUGCGAGGAGCAGUUGCAUUGUCGCUUGCACUGUCUGUUAAGGCAAGCCCCUGUGCAUACGUGCGAACUAGCGAUAGCUCAACUUAUAUCAGUCCUGAGACUGGAAAGCUGUUUGUUUUCUUCACGGGAGGAAUUGUGUUUCUGACGCUAAUUGUAAAUGGAUCAACUACCCAAUUUGUUCUACAUCUUUUGGAUAUGGACAAGUUAUCAGCUACUAAGAAACGCAUAUUGGAGUAUACAAAAUAUGAAAUGUUGAAUAAAGCUCUAGAGGUUUUUGGCGAUCUUGGAGACGACGAAGAACUUGGACCAGUGGACUGGCCUACUGUUAAAAGAUACAUUAAAACCUUAAGCAGCUUGGACGGAGAAAGUGUACAUCCACAUGGGGCAUCUGAAACCAACACUGAUCUUGACCCUACAAAUGUGAAAGAUAUUCGAAUACGCCUUCUGAAUGGUGUUCAGUCGGCUUACUGGGUGAUGCUCGAAGAGGGAAGGAUAACACAGUCAACUGCCAAUAUCUUGAUGCAGUCCAUAGAUGAAGCGAUGGACUUGGCAGCUCAUGAGCCUUUAUGUGAUUGGAGGGGCUUAAGAUCAAAUGUGCAUUUCCCCAGCUACUACAAAUUUCUUCAGACAAGCUAUUGCCCUCCAAAAAUGGCUACUUUUUUCACUGUCGAGAGGCUGGAAUCUGCAUGCUAUAUAUGUGCUGCCUUUCUGCGUGCCCACAGAAUUGCUCGUCAGCAACUGCAUGACUUCAUAGGUGACAGUGAUAUUGCUUCUAUUGUCAUUAAUGAAAGUGAGGCUGAAGGAGAAGAUGCAAGAAAAUUCUUGGAGGACGUUCGUGUUACAUUUCCUCAGGUAUUACGUGUAGUGAAGACAAGACAAGUAACCUAUUCAGUGCUUAACCACUUGAUUCAUUAUGUUCAAAAUCUUGAGAAGUCUGGCUUAUUGGAGCAGAAAGAGAUGCUUCAUCUUCAUGAUUCUGUGCAGACCGACUUGAAAAGGCUGCUCAGGAAUCCUCCUCUUGUAAAGAUACCCAAAAUAAACGAUUUGAUCAGUGUACAUCCUUUGUUGGGUGCUCUCCCACCUGCCAUCCGCGAACCACUUGCAGGUUCAAGCAAAGAAAUAAUGAAACUGCGUGGCGUUCCAAUUUACAAAGAAGGCUCCAAUCCUACUGGUGUCUGGUUUAUUUGUAAUGGCGUUGUCAAGUGGACAAGUAAGGGCAUGAGGAGCAGGUACUCGCUUCAUCCAACUUUCACCCAUGGUAGCACACUGGGCCUAUAUGAGGUUCUAGUAAGAAAGCCAUACAUAUGUAAUAUGGUAACUGACUCCGUGGUGCUUGGCUUUUUUGUUGAAAGUGAGAAAAUACUUUCAGCAUUAAGGUCCGACCCAGCAGUUGAAGCUUUCUUAUGGCAGGAAAGUGCUAUCGUUCUAGCUAAACUCUUGCUUCCACAAGUAUUUGAGAAAAUGACAAUGCAUGACUUGAGAGCUCUUAUUGUAGAACGGUCAGUGAUGACCACCUACAUCAGGGGUGAAACCAUAGAAAUACCUCCUCGCUCCAUUGGGUUUCUUUUGGAGGGGUUCAUAAAAUCGCAUGGUGUCCAAGAAGAAUUGGUUACUUCACCUGCAGCUUUAUUUCCAGCACAAGGGAAUCAAAGCUCUCAAAAUGUACAUGGGAUGCAUGGAGGUCAAAGCUUCCAGAGAGGCUCCAUGUCAGGUAGAAACGCCUCUAGUUUUUCGCAUCAGGGGUUGUGGUAUCAGGUUGAGACAAGAGCAAGAGUAAUCAUAUUUGAUACUUCAAAAUUCGAAGCUGACGGUGGUCUAAAGAGGAGGUCAUCCUCGUUGAUAUCAAUUGAUCAUGUCCAUAGACCCCUUAGCAAAGAGCACGGCGGCCUCAUGAGUUGGCCAGAAAGUUUGUACAAGCAGCAGAAGGAAAAGGUCCAAAGAGAGGGUCGGCCAGCGAGCAGCUUAUCAGCAAGAGCAAUGCAAUUGAGCACCUUUGGCAGCAUGGUGGAUGUGGGCGGGCGGGCUCCCACUUCUUGGAGUGCUGGAGCGAAAGGAUCACGUAGCAUGGGGAAAGCUGCAUCGUUCCAUGGAUAUCCGGUCAUCUCUAGUGAAGCUAAGCGAAGCGGGAUGGAUGUUGGUGGGGUGGAAAAGGCGUCGUCGAGGGAUGCAGGUGAAGGUGGUGUGACAAUGAAAGGAGGGCAGAGUGUGGAGGAGAGGAGUGACAGUGAGGAUGAGUCAGGGGCAGAGGACGAGGAUGUUAUCAUAAGGAUCGACUCGCUCAGUAGGCUGUCCUUCCGCCAGAAUUCGUAAAGCUGUAACCAACCAACCAAAUCCUGUACAUGGUAAUGUAGGGUGUUUUCAAGUACGCCGAACCGGGUGCAAGCUCCACCACCAACCCCAAGGAAUCUGUAGUGGCUUGUUUGUGUUUUAUGUUUAGGACGAAUGACAAUAAAUGAAGAAUAUCAAUGCACUGCUUUGCUUUGUCUUCGCUUUGAUUAGCCUGCAAACACCCCUAUCUUUCGUAGCACUGGCAUCACAGAACUUGCCCUUCCGAUCCUUGAUGAUGCAUUCAAGACCGAUGCCAUAAUGCUGCAGAAUACCCGCAUAAGAGUUUAACUUGAAGACUCCUUCUGGAGGUGUAGACCAUAUGCCGGGAAGAGCAGACUAAGUGCAUGAAGAGGAGGGCGAUCCUUUGGAACUGUGAACAUCGAGCAAGGAGCAGAGCCAGCCCAAGGAUGGUCAGAUAAUCUCAUCCUCAUCAAGUUUAUAGUUGUUGUUCAGAUGGUUGCAACGUUCCUUCCACAUGUACACCAUAACACCGCACUGAAUUUUUGAAUUUUUUCUUGUUCGAACAUCUCUCAAACUUCCUUGAACCAGUCAAGACAAGAUUUACCUUCCCCAAUCUCAAACAUCUCUUUCCCAUCUUGCAAUGCA